AUGGUGUCGAGGGUUAGAGGUUUGCGGGGAAUACCGCUUGCCCUGCCCCUUGUUCUAACCUUCGUCGGCUAUGAGGAAGCCUUCGACAGCGUAGAAACGAAUGCAAUACUGUCCGCGCUAGUUGAUCAAGGUGUGGAAGUGUCAUAUGUGAGGACAUUAGCCACUUGCUAUGAUCGAUGCACCACCAUGAUGCAGCUUUUCCACCGCCCACUCACCAUACCCAUUGGAAAGAGGGUACGACAAGGUGAUAAUACAUCCACAAACCUGUUCUCGGCUGCAUAUCUAUGUAUAAUAAAAUCACUUGCCUGGGAAAGGGUCAUACGUGUUGAUGGAAGAUUCCACUCAAACCUUCGUUUUACGGGCGACUCUUCGGUAGGUAUCAAUGGUGCAGAGACGGUGCUGAAGCAAUUAAACGAAGCAGGGAAGACGAUACGAUUGCGGAUGAACAGAAUGAAGACAGUUCAUGAAGAACGUCUACUCGAGGAAGGAGAAGAACAAGUUGAAGGAAGAACUGAAUAG